AUGUGCAGGGUCCGCAGAAUCAAGUGCGACGAAACGCGACCGACAUGCAAGCAAUGCGCUAGGGCGCGCAGGACGUGUCCAGGUUACCGUGAAGCCGAGAGCGUAGGAGACUCAUCCCGAAGCCGAACGGGUGAGGCGGCAGACCGACAACCUCCGGCAUCGCGGACAAGCUCGAGGCCUCUGGCGUCCAAGACGCAAAAAGGGCAAUCAGAUUUCUCGUCAGAAAGCGAAUAUUCAACGACGCCUGUUAUCAUGAACGAGGAGGCCAUCCAAGGCUUGCUGCAGCUGCCGGUGGAAGACUUGGCAUCGUGCCACUUCAUCGCCAACUACGUACUCAUUCCGCGCCAGCACAUACUGAGCACGCGCGGCUUUCUCGAAUUCCUACUCCCGCUGCUGAAGAGCGGCGCACGAAUCCCCCAUUUUAAGCAUGCCUUUGACGCGUGUGCGCUCGCGUCGCUCAACAACCGUGUGGGGAAUGGUAACGAGUUUGACAAGCAGGCUCUGGGAUCAUACACGAAGGCUCUGGCAGCGACUUUUGCCGCUUUGAAGGACCCGGAACUGGUGAAGAAGGAUGAGACGCUGGCCGCGAUUUUACUGCUCGGACUGUUCGAGAACAUCUCCGCGAAAAGCCUCGGCAUGAUGGCCUGGAGCUCCCACAUCGAAGGGGCCGUCCAGCUCGUCAAGGCGCGAGGGCCGGCACAACUCUCCACAAAGACUGGCAUGGACCUCUUUGUCGCUGUGCGAACACAAAUGAUCAUUCACUCGCUCAGUACUGGCAAGGGACCGUCACUGGACGUGAACUGGUGGGUUGACGACAACCCAAACAGCGAGUACGGCGUGCAGUUCCUGCGCCUCAGCAGCCGGACGAGCGAGCUGAAGAACGAGACGAACCAUUUGCUGGCAACGGUCCACAAGACGCCGGAAAACACGGAGCGCAUGAAGAAGGCCAUGGAGAAGUGCCAAGAUUUGGACAAGGAGAUUGUCGAAUGGCUGGAGGAGUUGCCCGAGAGCUUUCGGUGGAAGACGGUGGCGUGGGAGGACUACAACCCGAAAUGCGACUACUCCAAAGCCGAGGCGUUCCCGGGCCGCAUCGACAUGUAUGCGGACCUCUGGGUUGUCAACCUGUGGAACGUGAUGAGAUGCAUGCGCAUCGUCUUGGCAUCGUUGAUAGUACGCUUCACGGCAUGGACCAUCUCUCCAGCGGAUUAUCGGACGACUCCCGAAUAUGCAGCCGGCGCCCGAGUCUGUGUAGAGGCCAUCGCAGACAUCAUCGCGUCCGUGCCGUACCAGCUGGGCUGGUUCGCGAAGCACCAGGACCUCCGAGAACGCGCUCAACUGUCUGGCUUCGCCUGCGGUGAGGAUGACGCAGAGAAGGGUCUUGCCGGCUACUUUUUACUGUGGCCCUUGACGUGCAUCCAAGGACAGGACUGCCUAACUGAUGCGCAGAGAAUAUGGGUCAAGGGGAGACUCAAGUGCAUUGGCAACCAGGUUGGCGUUCGAUACGGAAACAUGCUCUCGCAGCUCAACGUACGGAUGCCGUCAAUGCUUAUUCUUAGAGAUCGCCUUGUGAACAACCCGCACAACACGCCUCCCGCGGACAUGGCGAGCUUCCUCGCCAACCAAGCGGCCGUUGCCAAGGCUACUCCGAGCGCGCCCCCGGGCCCGACCCGGAGGCCGCCAUCGCCCGACGGACAGAGCAAGCAGGAAGCAGCACUCAAGAGGGUGAUUAAGCGUCAGACGGAAGAGCUGAAGAAGAAGGCGGUGGACACAUCAGCGACAGUGGACGAAUGGACAGUCAAGACCUGGCUGCAGCUUUGA